AUGUUAGAGCAAUUAGUUACAAAUUUGUCUCAAUAUCAAGAAUUUUUACAAAAACAGCUAAUACCUCCCAAUUUGGUUAGAAAAUCUCAUAUUAUUGAUUGUUAUCAAAUUUUAGUUGAUUUUCUUGAGCAAAAACAUUGUAAUUCAAUUAAAGAUAUUAGAGAGGCAGCUAAAAAUUAUCCAAUUCUUCAACAAGAAUUAAAUAAUAGCUUACAAACAGUAAAAGAACUUUUAAAUACUAAAGAUAUUGAUCAAUUAUUUGAUGCUAUUUUAAAAUUAGAACAAACUAUAUUAAAAACUGAUAAAACCUGGAAAUCUAAGUAUAGAAAAAAAGAGUGCAAUAUUUGUGAGUCUAUAAGGCUUCUACAAGAUAUUUUUGACCAAAUUUAUCAUUUUCCAGAUCCAAUUCCAGGAAAAGAUGAUCAUUAUGCUUCUUUAGAUGAUCAAAUUUCUUUACAACCAAUUAAUGAAUUAGAAUUAGAAAAUAACUCUGAGUCUGAAUUUGCAGUUACCAGAUUAAAAUCAAAAGUAAAUAGUAAAGCAAAUGUUGAUGACUCUAAUAAAUCUAUAAUUAAUGAAUUAAUAAAUGGUGAAGAAAAUAAUUAUGAUAAUAAUGAACUAGCAAAUUGUAAAGUAAAUGAUAAUAAUUCUAGUGAAUCUAUAAAUAAUGAAUUAGUAAAUAGUGAAGAAAGUGAUUAUGAUUCUGAGACCAAAAGUUUAUCAAGCCUUGAUGCUGACAAAACAAUAAUUAAACAGUUAUUUGAAAAGGUGUUUAUAAAUGAUGGAUUAACAUGUAAUUCUCUGAUGAAAAAGGCUUAUUACUCUGCCCAAAUAUUUUCAUUGCUAUGUUUUAAUUGUGAUGAUACUGAUAUUGUUACUCCAAUUCCAGCUACUCAAUAUCCAUUAUGCACAGAAUGUACACAAAAAGGUGUUAAAACACCAACUCAUGAAAAGUCCUUAAAAUUUAUAGCAUGUAUUCACAAAAACAAAAAAAAGUUAGUACAAAAAUAA